AUGCCCCUCCUGUGCUACGACCAGGACUUCCAGGGCUUCGUCCCCUGCGGCCUGGCCGGCUUCCCCGACUGGACCCAGGCCUCCUACGCCCUGGCCCGGUGGUUCAACCAGCAGCGCUCCGCCUGGGGCCACGCCCUGCCCCACACCUGCCGCCAGCAGAUGGGGCCCUUGCUGUGGCCGCCUACGGGGGACCGGCGGACACCCCCAAACGUCCGCAUUUUCCCCAUCUCCCCCUGGAACACACCGGCACCUGUCAUGCUGGCCUGCGACGUGUGGGGCUUCUACCCGCCAGAGGUGGGGGUCACAUGGCUGCAGAACGGGGCCUUUGUGAAGAACAGCUCGGGCAUCCCGGUGGUCUCCAAUGGGGACUGGACCUACCAGACCCGGCUGAGCCUGCCUGUCCACCCCCAGAGCGGGGACGUCUACACCUGCCUCGUGGAACACGCCAGCCUCCAGAAGCCCUUGGCCAAGGACUGGGAGCCUGGCCUGACCCCGGAGCUCAAGGUGAAGGUGGGGGUCUCCAGCGCAGUGCUGGGCGUGGGCAUCCUCUUCCUCAUCGCUGGCAUCGUCUGCUGGAGCAAGCGGGCGCCCGAAGGUUAUGCUCCCAUUGACGGUGACAACUACCCCCCAGGGCCCUCCUUUGCCUCGGUCUGGACGGUGCUGCCGCUUCCGACCAAACAGAGCAAAACGGAUAAACUACCCUUGACGCCAGCAAAGUUGACCCAGGAAAUCUUGCUGCCCUCCCUGUCCCACGUCAAGCCGUGGCACAUCUCUCCGCCUCAGUCCUUCAUCUGUAAAAUGGGCAUCUAA